CGUUCUGUUUGACAGUUUUGCUUGUUGUUUGUAUGAUUCAGAAAUUCUUUUGUCGAUCGGUAUAAAAAUUCUCUAAAAUUAUGGAAGGUAUACAAGUAGUCACCCAGGAUUUUGUUAAUGUUCAUAUCACUAAGUCCGAUAGUGAAGAUGCGGCGCCCGUCGAAAGAAGAUUCAAAAAGGGGAUCACUGUUCUGGAGUUUAAGACUAAACUGGAACUGGUCACAGGAGGCUCAGCAGCUACCAUGAAGCUUAAGAUCUAUGACAAGAAGAACAACUAUGUGGCUGACAUAGACAAUGAUGAGGCACUUCUCGGUUCAUACCCCAUUGAUGAUGGAAUGCGGAUACAUGUUGUGGACAAGUUUGCUUUACUCAAUGACUUUGGAUCAUCUGAUAGUACUGAGAGAUUCCGUUUGUCUGAAGAGGAGUAUCAGAAGAAGGGCGACACGCUGCGGUCGUUUCUGCAGCGGAACCGGCUCGGGAAGUACAAUGAGGAGGAGAUGAACAAGCUGAAGGAGCAACAGCAGCAGGAGCUCGAAGAUGAAGCCAGGUUAGCAGAGGCAGUGCUAGUAGGCGCUCGUUGCGAAGUGCGAGUCCCUCAGCAGCCGGUGCGGCGCGCGACCGUGCGCUACAACGGGCAGUUGGACGGGGCCAAGGGGCUGUGGAUCGGAGUGCAGUACGAUGAACCGCGCGGGAAGAAUGAUGGCUCAGUUAACGGCAAGCGUUACUUCACUUGCCCGCCCAAGUACGGCGGCUUCGUGAAGCCUGUGUACGUGACCGUCGGCGACUUUCCUGAGGAGGAGUUCGACCUGGACGACGAGAUAUGAUCACACACACACACACACACAAGCUUACCCGCGACGAUACCGGACGUGCGUACAACAUUGUUAAUGCUUUUAAACUGCAAGAAAAAGAUGAAUUAAUCUCGCGGAAACGCACAACGACAUCUAGUGAGCGGCUCGGGUAUUUUGUUUUAAUUUUAUGUCAAGUCCCUGGUCUUUGUAAAACUUUUUAUAUUUAUUGGCCUAAUCAUGUUGCUUAAAUCUGGAAUGAUAAUGUGUAAUAAUGUCCUGUUUAGAAAUUCAUUACUGAAGGAAAGUUAGAUUUUCGUAUAAAACAUUUUUUUGGACUGUUGUUUUUAUAAUUUUUUUGAUAAAAUUAUAAAGUGAAUUAUAAGAUUCUGUAUUGAAAAUUAUUUGACCCAGCUAAAACAAUGUUGUAUGCACUCCUUGCUAUAUUUUUGUAUUAGCACUAUUGAGCUUGCUGGCAGGCUGAAUACCCUUAGGCUUUAACAAAUGAUUUAAAAACCUAUAUAAUACAUAGAAAUAAUGCUUUAAUAUUUACCUUUUUGUAUCUACAAGAUUAACGAAGAUUAAUUAUGAGUGAUUAAUGAUAAUGGAAUAUGUUUGUGGCACUGAAAUAUUAAUAUUCUAGAUGGCCAAUGUUAUCAUGUGAAAGGAAGUUUAAUAAUUAUUUUUUAUGACAAAAAGAGGGUAGUUGUGUUGGUGUUAUUACGCAGUCUAUUCAAACGAACGCGUUUUCUAGAUAUUCUAAAGAAAAACUGCUCUUGAUCAAAUGAGAAGGCAUUAUGUUACGCGCUGUCAUGCGUCGUCUCGCUUCCUCACUGCCAACAACCUUGCUUUAAAGGUUUAUAGUAAGGAAUAAUUUGUCAAAUGUAAUGUAAUUAUUAAGUUUGCUAAUCGAAAUAUAUCGGAGUGUUGAGGAAAAUGUCAUGUUGGUUUAGUGAUCUCAAGAGUUUGCCUCGUUAGUCUGAAGAUUUUUGAAUGUUUUUUAAUGAAUUUAACUGUGUUGAUUAUGUAAUGUGUGUUGAAAGUAUAGUAGGUAUGUUAAGAAUUGACCACUAAUGUUUAUUUUAGUCAUACAUGUUUUCUAUGACUGUUUUCUUAUAGUUCAUGGCCAAUUCUUGGUAUACACAGUAUACAGCUCAAAUGUACGAUAUGCUUUUAUUUUGUAGAUAGUUCUACAAAUAAUUCGUUUCGAUUGAACUGCGUCAACAUUCCACGGAGAAUGAGACUUAUAUUCCACAGACUCAAUCAUGGCAUACACAUAUCUUUUCUGUAAUUAUUUUGGUUGUAACCCUCAAUUAUGGUGUAUUUUUAACAAUUAAACGUAAAACUUGAA